GAGCUCACACCACUGUCCUUCCACGACCACCAUGUCCUCCUCAGACGACGCCGGCUUCAUCGACCGCAUUCAAAACUUCGUCUCCGACAACAAGCGGGGCGUUAUCAUCGGCGCUGCAGCUGCAGCCGUGGCCGUCGGAGGUGUUGCUUACUAUGUCGCGUCGUCGAGGGGAGGAGCAGAUUCGGGUGAUGAGGAGAGCUUGAAGAGUGGCGAGAAGAAGUCGAAAAAGAAGUCGAAAAAGAGCCGCAAGACUGUCAAGGACAAGGAUGGCCCUAUCUUGGAGGAGAGGAAGCCCAAAGGAGUGGACGUAUCCGAAGAGGAUGAAGGCGUUCUAACAAAAGAGCAGAUUGAGACAAUGCCAGAAGAGGACAGAGUGAAGGUUGCAGGCUCGUUAAAGUUGAAGGGUAACAAGGCUUACCAGGGUCGGCGCUUCACCGAGGCUGUCGAGUAUUACACUCGCGCUAUCGACAUUUCUCCCAAACCAGAGCCUGUUUUCUACAGCAACAGAGCUGCAUGCUUCGUCAACAUGUCACCGCCACAACACGAGCGCGUCAUUGAAGACUGUAAUACUGCGCUUGCUCUCGAUUCUCACUACGUGAAGGCUCUUAACCGUCGCGCAACGGCUCUAGAGAACCUCAACCGCAAUGAGGAAGCUCUUCGAGACUAUACCGCCGCCACCAUCCUCGAUAAAUUCCAAAACGAAUCCGCGGCCACCUCUGUCGAACGUGUGCUCAAGAAAAUUGCCACUGCGAAGGCUUCGGGCAUUCUCGCAACCCGGGAGCGUCGCUUGCCCUCUUACACCUUCGUCUCUGCCUACUUUGCCGCUUUCCGUCCUCGUCCUCUACCUACUCUCCCCGAAGUCCCAACAACCGGUGACAACACACUCAUUCUCGCUCUUCAAGCCCUCGAAGCCACAGACUAUGCCCACGCACUUUCCUUUGUCAAUGAAGCCCUCGACCAGGGUAUCUCAUGGGAUGUCGGCAAGGCUGAGGCUCUCAACCUUCGUGGGACGUUCAAGUUCCUCAUGAGCGAUAUUGAAGGUGCAGAGCAAGAUCUCAAGGCGUCGAUAGAUAUCGUCCCAUCAUUUACGCAGAGUUGGGUCAAGAUUGCCAGCGUGUACAUGGAACAGUCUAAUCCGCAGAAGACUUUUGAAUGCUUCGAGGAGGCUAUCAAGCAUAACGCUGAAGAUCCCGAUAUCUAUUACCACCGCGGUCAAGUCUUGUUUAUCAUGAACCAGUUCCCUGAGGCGGCGGAGAACUACACGAAAUCUACGACCUUGGACGAUACCUUCGUCUUCUCACAAAUCCAACUCGCUGUCGCGCAAUACAAGUCCGGAAACCUCGCUAACAGCAUGGCGACCUUCAGGCGGACGCUCAAAGCGUUCCCACAAAGAAGCGAGCCUCAGAAUUACUAUGGUGAGCUCCUACUUGAUCAACAGCGUUUCUCGGAUGCUGUUGAGAAGUUCGACCGUGCCAUCGAACUCGAGAAGGCGAAGCCAACACAAAAUGUUCUUCCCCUCGUCAACAAGGGUUUGGCCCUCUAUCAAUGGAAGCAAGACGUUGCCGCCGCUGAACGGUGUUGCAACGAGGCUCUCCGCAUUGACCCUGAGUGCGAGGCUGCCGUGGCUACGCUAGCGCAGCUCAGCCUUCAGCAGGGCAAGAUUGACCAGGCGGUCAAGAUGUUCGAGAGGCAUACGGAGCUGGCGAGGAGUGAGCCAGAGCUGAUCAAUGCAUUGACGUAUCAACAUGCGUCAUAUGCACAGUUGGAAUUCAUGAAGCACUAUCCGGAGCUGGCGAACCAACUCAGCGCUCUUGCGCGCACGAUGGGUUGAAGACGAGGAUGGAGACGCACAUCACACGCAUGCAUGCUCUAGACGCUCAUUGAUGGUUUAUUUAUCUGCGUCGUCGUGUUGGACGCUGGAUUGCUUCGCCAAAUUUGUGUUUUUGCUUACUGUUAUUCAUUCAUGUUCACCAUCUGCACAUCAACUUCGUCGUUUGACCUGUCUUCGUUCGCCUGCUUGUUCACUCCCUGUAUCACCCUGCCAUGGGUGGAAGUGACACGGUUACGGUACAUGAACCCUGCGAUAAGUACCGAAGGCUUGCCGCGAUUGGAAGCCUUCGCCUGCUUUUCUCUUCAUUCUUAUUCUUCUUUUUGCUGUUUUCUUUUCUUUGUUGUUUCUUUUUUUGUUUAGUCCAUAGUACUUGCACACGUACGCCCGACGCAUGCGAUAAUGUCUAUGCCAACCGCACCCCUCA